AUGUCAAGCAUGCCAGUACACAUUGAGCGACCUGCGGAACUGACCGCAAAACAGAGACUGCAGCUGGAGAAGAAAGUGCGCAGCAUGAAAUAUGCGGAUUUAGCCGUGCAAGGAACAAAUACGUCGUCAAUUGCCUCGAAACGGUCAGUCGAGAGGCUCUACGCGGAUGUUUUGGGUACCAAAGUCCAAGGGAGCAAUGGACAACCCAGGGAAUAUUUUAAAUACUUUGUCAGCAAGCCGCUGCGCAGAUCGCCGUGCAUCAACCGGGGUUACUGGCUCCGCCUGAUGGCCAUACGGACAAGCCUAAGGUGCAUUGCAGAAGGAACAGGCCAGCGGGACAUUUUGGUUGUGAACCUGGGGUGCGGGUACGAUCCUCUUCCGUUCCAGCUACUAGAUCACACGGACGACGCGCAAUCGGAGUUUGACGACAGGAUGUCGUUCGUGGAUGUCGAUUAUCCGGAUUUGAUUGCCAAAAAGUUAGAGAUUGUUAAGAAUACUCCUGAACUACAGCACAUCCUUGGUGGCGCUGCGGGGGAUGCUGCGGGCCCAGUGGUGUACCGUACAGCGAAGUACAUGGCGGCCGCGUGCGAUUUGAACGAUAGCGCGGCGUUUGGAGCUUUAACAGAAAGCUUCCACCCUCGAUCAGACGAGGUGGUUGUAUUUAUCGCAGAAGUUUCGCUGGCGUACAUGCGGCCUGAGAGGGCGGACGCCAUAAUCGAAGCCUGCGGGAGGAUUCCAAACUCUCACUUCAUUCUACUAGAGCAGCUGCUACCUGCAGGAGAGCACUCUCCAUUCUCGCGCACUAUGUUAAGCCACUUCAAGUCCAAUGAUUCACCACUGCAGUCUGUGAGCAGUUAUCCCACAAUAUCAGAACAGGAGGUCAGGUUCAAACGUCUGGGCUUCAAGAAUGUGAAUGCUGGUGACAUGCACCAGUUAUGGCGCUCGCUGGAUAAGGAAUUAGUUUCGAAGGUGCAAGCUGUUGAACCAUUCGACGAGCUGGAGGAGUUCUAUCUUUUCUGCCAUCAUUAUAUUAUAGCACAUGCAACCAAUGAUCUAAGCUUUCGUUUUGGUCCAAAGUACGCCUUCCCCCAAGUUCCCCAGUCCCCCUCCAAAAGCUGCUCAUCAAAUUCACCAAUGGAACUAGUGACAGCAGUUGACACUGACUUACUCCAGCGCAAGUUCGGGGCUUCUGUGGUAGUGGACUCGGACACUAUACUCUUCUCUUUCGGAUGCCUCCACAAUAAGUUGGAGAACAUAUUGGUCAUGGGUGACCACGACGGGGCCUUUAAGAUUAGCAAGGGGCCUGCUCCACCCGCGCGCAUGUGCCACACUUUUACUAAGCUCGAUGAUAGAACCAUCUUUCUGGUUGGGGGGAGACAAUCACCAACAAAGCCACUUGGAGAUGCCUGGCUACUAAAAUUGCGGGAUGGCGAGUGGCACUGGGAGAUGUGUGCUCCAUUGAUGUAUCCAAGGUUUAGACACAACUGCGUUAAUGUUGGUAAAGGUAAGGCUCUUAUAUACGGAGGAGAAACAGAUGGUGCUACAUUUCUGAUAUACGACUGUGAGAGUAACACGUACUAUGAGCCCGUCUAUCCUCGGACCUUCCCGCGGAAAGUAUCCGCUGCGAUGUGCUAUGAUUUCCAAAGCAAUCGCGGGUACAUCCUGGGCGGGGCACUUGACAACAUGGAGGUGGAUGAUACUUUAUGCACUUUUGCUUUUGACGCCCGCACUAACAGCAUUGAAAUCUUGGAAACAUCGAGCCAUCCCUUGUACCAGCGUUACGGCGCGAAAUCAGUCGUACGAGAGGCAGGCCACAUGCUAAUAGUCGGCGGUGUUUCGCCGCAUAUGCUCUUUAAUGAUACAACUAGUAUUAUUGAGGUAGAGCUGACCACCAACAAAGUUAACUGCCUCCAGAUACCGAGCUCUCUCUGGAAGAAUCAUGCCCAACUUUUAGUUGGGUUUGAGCUGCAGAUAAUGUCCGAUGGUACAGUGUUGAUAUUCGGCGGCGGCGCAGUGUGUUAUGGGUUUGGCGCGGCGUGGAAUGGGAUCCUUAGACUGGGACGUGAGACCAUUGCUGCCAUUCCCUUGCGCAUAUUAUAA